UAUGGGUUGAUCUCGGAAAGUUAUACGGCUUCGUCUCCCUGCUUCCCCAGCCGUAACUCCCUAAGAACCUGACCGAUUUCACGCUACAAGUCCUAAACCCCAGCCUCGCCCUCCUUCUAACACGCCCGCGCGCAUAUACAAAUAACAAAAGUAGCAGAGUAAUUUCGUCGAGCGCUUGGGUUGCAAGAUUGCGAAAUCCACGUAGUCAUGAAGGGCAAGAAGGCAACGGUUUUGACGUUUGCAGAUAAAUGCAAGAACAUAUUGGCUUCAAACUGGCAAGGCCACCUUAAUACCAUUAAAGCUGACGCCAAAGGAAGUAAGGAGGAUAUUUACACAUCAAAGGUUAAAUACAUACUCAGAAGAGGGAAGCCAUACAUUUGGGUGCCUGAAAAGGAUUUGCAUAAUGUGAACACAAUCAUCGAUGAGCGUGGUUCAUUUGCUGUGUCCAGUCCCAUCCCAGGACCACUGACAAGCUUACUUGGAUCGAUGAAAAAGCUACCAGCUCGGGUUGCUCUGACUGGGGAUGUAGAGCCUCUUAAAGAUGGAAAGGCUCAGUCUGCAGCAGAAAGCCUUAGAGAAGUCUUAUUAUCUGAACAAAAAGCAAUUAGUCAGUGCAGCUAUACAGUUUCUGGUGUAUUAAGUUCGUCUAAUCUUAGUUAUGCAUCUCGACGUGAAAGCCUUAAGGAGUUACUGGAAGGGGAUGAAAAAUAUGUGGUUUAUAAAUUUAAUUUCAGAUCCUCCAUGUUUAUUGAUGGCAAUGGAGGCACUUAUGAAGUUGAUUUCGAAGACAUAAAAGCGUCUAAAGCAGAUCCACUAGCACCUUUUUCUGCAAUGCUAAUUGACGGGAUUAAUCAAAGUGGAGCAAGGCGUAGAGCGUUGAUGCUGUUUUGUUUCAUAUAUUUGAAUGCAAAUGCAAGGGAUGCAUACAUGCUCUCCAUUGAUCGCAAGGGAUUUAGUGUGCUGGGGAAGGUCCCCAGUCCAGUAUUGAAGGAUGGCUUUAGCCAGUCCCAAUGGAAAGAGUUCAGGUUCACGUUGAAGGAAGAGGCAAACGAUGUUGAAACUUUCUGCCGUCAACUUGUGGAAAUGGAAGAGGAGACCGUCAAAAAAGUAUCAAGCUACAGCGGUCUACAAUAAGGUGUAUGAUAGAUCUUAUCUAAGCAAUGUUCCCGCCACAUCUUUAUAUUCAUUUGUUAUUUUCUUUUGGUUCUUAGAGAAAAUUGUAUCAACGAAUGUUAUAUGGUUUUUACCGAAACUAUGGUUGAUUAUAUUACGCAGUUUCAUUUCAUCGGCCAAGGCCAAAAUUAGGUGGCAUCGACUGCCGUGCGAAAAUGGGCACAAUUUGUACCAUGCAAGGUUGUAUCUUGUUGACCUCGGCAUUCUUCUGCUCCUUCCAUUGCGUCCUUUUUCCAUGUGAACUUUUUUCUGAAGAAAGAUGAUCUGAUUUUGUUUUUGUAA